AUGCAAACUUCUUUUCUGUGACAGAGGGAAAAGGAGCAGUUCCGCAAACUGUUCAUUGGUGGUUUAAGCUUUGAAACAACAGAAGAAAGCUUAAGAAACUACUAUGAACAAUGGGGAAAGCUUACAGAUUGCGUGGUAAUGAGGGAUCCUGCAAGCAAAAGAUCCAGGGGGUUUGGGUUUGUUACAUUCUCCUCCAUGGCUGAAGUUGAUGCAGCUAUGGCUGCAAGGCCUCACACGAUUGAUGGAAGGGUGGUUGAGCCGAAGCGAGCUGUGGCUAGAGAGGAAUCUGGAAAACCUGGUGCUCAUGUUACUGUGAAGAAACUAUUUGUUGGUGGUAUUAAAGAGGAUACUGAAGAGCACCACCUUCGUGACUACUUUGAGGAAUAUGGGAAAAUUGACACUAUCGAAAUUAUUACUGACAGACAGUCUGGUAAAAAGAGAGGGUUUGGCUUUGUUACCUUUGAUGACCAUGAUCCUGUGGAUAAAAUCGUAUUGCAGAAGUAUCACACCAUCAAUGGCCAUAACGCAGAAGUACGGAAAGCUCUCUCUAGGCAGGAAAUGCAGGAAGUUCAGAAUUCUAGGAGUGGGAGAGGAGGGAACUUCGGUUUUGGUGAUGCGCGUGGAGGCGGUGGCAACUUCGGUCCUGGACCUGGCAGCAAUUUCAGAGGGGGAGCCGACGGAUAUGGAAGUGGCCGUGGAUUUGGUGAUGGAUAUAAUGGAUAUGGUGGAGGACCUGGAGGUGGCAACUUUGGAGGCAGUCCUGGUUAUGGAGGAGGAAGAGGAGGAUAUGGUGGAGGAGGACCUGGAUAUGGCAACCAGGGUGGGGGCUAUGGAGGUGGUUAUGACAACUAUGGAGGAGGCAAUUAUGGAAGUGGAAACUACAAUGAUUUUGGAAACUACAACCAGCAACCCUCAAAUUACGGUCCAAUGAAGAGUGGAAAUUUUGGUGGCAGCAGGAACAUGGGGGGACCAUAUGGUGGAGGAAAUUAUGGUCCAGGGGGCAGUGGAGGAAGUGGUGGUUAUGGAGGGAGGAGCCGUUACUGAGUUUCCUCAAGCCUGCCAUGGGCUUCACUGUAUAAAUAGGAGAGGAUGAGAGCCCAGAGGUAACAGAACAGCUUCAGGUUAUCGAAAUAACAAUGUUAAGGAAACACUUAUCUCAGUCAUGCAUAAAUAUGCAGUGAUAUGGCAGAAGACACCAGAGCAGAUGCAGAGAGCCAUUUUGUGAAUGGAUUUGGAUUAUUUAAUAACAUUACCUUACUGUGGAGGAAGGAUUGUAAAAAUGCCUUUGAGACAGUUUCUUAGCUUUUUAAUUGUUGUUUCUUUCUAGUGGUCUUUGUAAGUGUAGAAGCAUUCCUUUGAUAAUGUUAAAUUUGUAAGUUUCAGGUGACAUGUGAAACCUUUUUUAAGAUUUUUCUCAAAGUUUUGAAAAGCUAUUAGCCAGGAUCAUGGUGUAAUAAGACAUAACGUUUUCCUUUUAAAUUUUAAGUGCGUGUGUAGAGUUAAGAAGCUGUUGUACAUUUAUGAUUUAAUAAAAUAAUUCUAAAGGAAAUAUUGUGUAAUUAUAGAUUUUUUUUUAAUAUUGUAAAAUAAGGCAAGGAGUGGGUAGUAUAAGGUCCCACAAAUAAUAUAAAGCUAUUGUUGUACGUGUUAAAUGCUUGGUCAGAAAAAAGUAUGUUGUCUGUAAAUGAUCAGGUUUAAAGUAUCUAGAUAACUUAAGGGUUAUCUCUGCAAGGAGAAACACCUUUUUAGAUCUUUUAGAUGCUGCUUCUUCAAUGGCAAGGAAAGGAAAUAUCCCCAGCGAGGUACUCUUCCAGGGACACAGGUCUAGUACGAGAGAACUCUUGAAAACGUCACUAAGUUCAGCCAGUCUUAAAAAGCUGCGCUGUAUUUCUGCAAAGCUUUAACUACGGUAGUUGUAUAAGGAUGUCAACGAAGGCUAUGGGGUGUAGAGCAAAAUAGUUCUAAGCUUCAGUUAAACUUCUUUAGGUAAGAUCUUAUUUACUUUUCCUUUCUUAAUUGUUCCAAAAUUGAGAAACUAAUACUAUACUAUAUGAAAGUAUUUUUUUGAGUAUAGUGAUUAUUGUAUGUAGUUUAACAUAGCAAUGAAUUAACAAUUACCAAUUGAAAA